AAAACCUACUAAUGAAUGUUGUUAUACAUUGACAUAGAUUAACAAUGCGGAUUUAAAAAAUAAAUAAAUAAAUAAAUAAAUAAGCAAAAAGCAUAUAUUUGAAUGUCACAAAAUAAGAAACUACAUUAAAGUAAUAUUAAUACUCAGGCGCACUUCUCUUUCCUGUAAGAUCCCGCAAGCGGCCACUUUGGAGACACCAAAAUGUCUGGAAAGAGUUUUCGGGUGAGCGACGGAGACUGGAUUUGUCCAGAUAAAAAAUGUGGAAAUGUGAACUUUGCCAGAAGAACGAGCUGUAACCGAUGUGGAAGGGAGAAAACGACUGAAGCAAAGCUGAUGAAGGCAGGGGGAACAGAGAUCGGGAAGACUCUGGCUGAGAAGAGCAGGGGACUCUUCAGCGCCAACGACUGGCAGUGCAAAACAUGUGGAAACGUGAACUGGGCCAGAAGAUCAGAGUGUAACAUGUGUAACACCCCCAAAUACGCCAAGCUCGAGGAAAGAACAGGAUACGGUGGAGGUUUUAACGAGAGAGAGAAUCUGGUUUACAACGAGAGAGAAGAGUCCGAUGGCGAGUAUGAUGAGUUUGGCCGCAUAAAAAAGAAGUUUCGAGGGAAAAACAAGAAAGACGGCGAGACAAAGGGAGAACCGGAAAAGAAAGACGAGGUCGGGGGCAAUGAGGAGGAGGAAGAGGAGGAGGAAGAAGAUGGAGAUCUUUCAAAAUACAAACUUGAUGACGACGACGACGAUGACGACGACGACGACGACGACGACGAUGAAGAUGAGGCCGAUUUGUCCAAGUACGAACUGGACGCGAGUGACGAGUUGAAGCCGUCGGAGAAGAAAGGCAGCGGCUCGGGUUCUUCUCGCUCGUCCUCUCGCUCCUCCAGCUCGAGCUCCCGCUCUCGGUCCAGGUCCAGAUCCCGGUCCAGGAGCUCGUCCGGUUCCAGAUCACGCUCUCGCUCGAGGUCUCGCUCAAGAUCCAGCUCCCGCUCUGGGAAAGGCUCCGCGUCCUCGAGAAAGAGGUCUCGCUCGUCCUCGCCGUCCCCUGAGAGAGGCCAGAAGAGAAGUCGCUCCAGAUCCUCCUCUGGCGGACGCAAAAAAAGACGCUCUCGCUCCCAGUCGUCCGAAAGGUUUGGGUUUAUGUGGUGUAACAAAAUGGCCUAUUGGCUUCCUUUUUACAUUUUAUUAUAUCACUGGUGUAUGAUUUCCGCUUUCCUGUGGGAGAUGUUGCAGACCCGCCAACCUCCGUCUGCGUUCGCUUCCUUUUUAAAAAAAAAAAGGGGAGAGAUGAUCCAUUCGGUGUAUGAAUCUGGAACGAUUGACAGUUGGGUAGAAGCUUUGAACUCUCUGAUAUUAACAAACACCCCGGGGAAGCCCCGCCCCAUUUAGCCUGUCUCGUCUCGAUUGUUGGUCCUGCGUUCCUCGAUUUCCGUAACGGUAAACGGAAUAUAUCUUGUGUCGUUGACGUAAAAUAAAAUCUAUCCGCGUAUGUUCGCCUUAGCUAACGUUGGUGGUGCUUGAAAGUUUGCGAACCCUUCAGAACUUUCUAUAUAUCUGCAUAGAUAUGACUGAAAAUGACAACGAGUCUUCCAGGCCCAGAUGGAGCAAAACGGACCCAGACAGUGAUACUACCACCACCGUGUUUCACAGACGGGAUCAGGUUCUUAUGCUGGAAUGUAGCGUUUUUCCUUUCUCCAAACAUGACGCUUCUCAUUUAAACCAAAAGCUCCCAUUUUGGACUCGUCUGUCCAUAAGACAUUUCCCCGUUAGCCUUCUGGCUCGUCCACGUGAUCUUUAGUGAACUUCAGAAGGGCAUCGAUGUUGUUUACGGGGAGCAGAGGCUUUCUCCUUGCAACUCUGCCGUGCACACCAUCGUUGUUCCGUGUUCUCCCGAUGGUGGACUCGCGAACAUUAACAUUAUAUCCGUGUAUCACACAACGCAAGUGUAAUAUAUUUAUCGUAUGUUGAAUUCCGUUCUCUUUGUCUACGUUUAGGACUUGGGUAGCAGUAUGAUGAUGGUUGAGGUCAUGUUUACGCACAAAUAUGGGAAAUUCUAAAGGGUUCACAAACUUUCAAGCACCACUGUAGAUUAAAAUAACAAGAACUAAAAGUCUGUUCUUUCUCCUCCCGGUUGGCGGGUCUGCCGUUGGUGUUUGUACUUCUCUUCUUGAUGAUUUUUAUUUCUCUUCGUCCUAAUACGACCCAACGCUAAGUUACCUGUGCUCUCUCUUUCUCUUUUUGUCUCUCUCUGUAACUCUAGGGGGCGUGGCUCAUCCGGAUCGUCUCGUUCUGGCUCCGGCUCACAAAAGAAAUGAAUAAUAAAAUUCUCAAACGCACAAAUUGGGGGAAGAGGAAAUCUUUCUAAAACUGCAUGUUGUCUUUGGGGAGGAGAAAAAAAAAAAUCUAACUGUGCUGUUUUAAAAUGAGAAAGAUGCAGUACUCCAAUGUUCAGUCUUUUUCUGUUUUUUUUUUUUUUUUUUUUUUUUUUUUUUUUUUUGGUAACCAAAAUCUGCCUUUCUGACCGUGUGAACUAUCCGAAACUUCUAACGACGACAAUUCAGUAGUGCUACAGAAAAUACUAGGAGCUUCAUGUAGAAUUGUCAUGAAUUAUUAGCUGACGCUGAUUUUU